CCAUUUAUCUUAUCUUACUGCUGCGCUGUAUUGAAGUUUAGCAACCUGAAAUUUUACACUUUGUGCCAGGUCCAAAUUCAGUACACCUAUUUAUCAGUUUCCUGAACUAAACUACAGAAUUUAUAACUAUCUGUAAUGAUCAAUUUUAUCAACAAAAAAGUAUAUUUCUGUUUAACUUUUACCCAGUAAACUUUAUCUUCUGUUUGAUUGGAUUAACUUAAUUUUGUUAGAUGAUAAAUAACUUACAAAAUUCCUAAUUACAAUUUUCAUAUUUCUCAUUUUUAUAGAGCUUAGAAGCUUGUACUUUCCUUCCUGUUGGCGCAUUAACAAAUCACUUGGGUCACACGUUUUCUGAAAGCAAUACUUCUUUAUUGUUGACUGGCGGUCAGUGGGGCUGUUUGCGUUGCUGGGAUGUAGAUACUGGGCGUUGUGUGUUAGAGAUCAAGGGUCCCUUAGAUCGGACUCCUCAGUCUGAUUCUGGUAGUUCCACUGCGUUAGAUCGCCACUCAAUUGACUAUGGACUUCAUUCCAUCAGUCAUUUGAAUGUAUACAAUAUAAAAGACAGUAAUGAUCAUGUGUUGGAUGAAAGUGAAAACUCAUCCUUACGAUUAAUUCUUGUGCGUCAAAGUAAUCAUGUUGAAUUUUAUAACCCAAUGGUUGGCAAAUUAACGGCUGAGUUCUUAGGUGACAUUGGACAAGUUGAUCAAUUAUGCAUUGUAGGCAAAAAUCACAAUUAUCUUAUUCUAGCUGAUGCGUCACCUCACAUGAAAAUUUUCCUCAAUCCAUAUGGACUCAGUUUAAAGGGAAAAAAUACAACUGAAGAUAAUCUUAAUAGUAAAACAAAUGGUUCAUGGAAAUGUCACCUUAUUCCCGGUGGUCAUACUGAUGUGAUUAUGGAUUUGACUGUAUCCAUAUGUGGUCAAUGGAUUGCAAGUGGUUCUAAAGACCAAUCUAUUUGUUUAUGGCAUCUAAUAGAAUCAGAAGAUUCAACAUCGUCAUCACUACAUAAAUCUAAGAAUGUUCCUGUCAAAUUGGAUCUUAUUACUCAAAUUCAUAAGGCACAUGCUGCUCAUAUCAGUUCUGUUUGCUUUGAUAAAUUGACAACACAUCUUAUAUCUAGUUCAGAAGACGGUAUUUUAAAAGUUUGGAAUGUUCAGUGUAAUAACUUAGAUAAACCAGAUUCUGUGUUAUCAGAAUUAAACACAAUUCAUGGAGCCCAUGGCGGAGUAAUCAAUUCAAUUGAUGUUUCCGUUGAUAAUCGUCUUGUUGCUACUGCAUCACGUGAUAAAACUGUCAAGAUAUGGGAAUUUAAAAAACAAAGUUUACAUUGCCAAGGGGUUCUUCAGGGUCACCGUAGAGGUGUUUGGUCUGUUUGCUUUUCAAAAUUUGAGAAAAUUGCACUUACUGCUUCGGGUGAUGGAGAUGUAAGAUUGUGGAAUUUAAAAGAUUUCUCGUGUAUCCGUACAUUGGAAGGCCAUGAUCAACCAGUGUAUAAGGCAGUUUUUCUUUCUCACGAUAAACAAAUAUUAUCAUGCGAUCAGAAAGGAUUAAUAAGAUUGUGGAAUGUAUCCAAACCACCUAAAAAUAAUCAAGAAAAAUCUGAAAAUGUUGAUAAACCAUCCUCUGAAGAAACUUCAUCUUUAGUUUAUGAAGCACACGAUGGAAGAAUAUGGUCAUUAGCUAUUUGCCCAGAUGAAUCUGGUUUUUUCACUGGUGGUGAAGAUGAAACAUUGUGUUAUUUUGAAGAUAUUACAGAAAUAGUGCUGAAUGAAACAUCACAACAGCAAGAGGAAUAUAUUCAAACACAACAAGAAUUGGAUAAUCUUGUACACAAACAAAUGUAUGCCGAUGCUGUUCAUUUGGCUGUCAAAUUAGACCAACCCAAGCGAACAUUAGACAUACUACAGGAACUUUUAACUCAAGAUCAAUUCAAUCAGACUUGCAAAGAUAAUCAAAGUAUCAAAUAUCCAACACAAGCUGCGAACUUAUUGUCAGUACUUGAUGAUUUUGUAAAUAAAAGUCACAGUGAAAAUCUUAAUGAUUCACUUAAUCUAAGUCAACGACUUUUAUCUUAUGCUAUCAACUGGAAUACAAGGACUAGAACAUCAAUGAUAAGUCAGUUUGUAUUGAAUUGGAUUCUAACCCGUUGGAAACCAGAAGAAUUACUUGAAUGGCCAAAUUUUAGUCAAGCGAUACAAUAUCUCCUUCCAUAUACAAGUAAGUUCUGUUUUAUACCUAUUGUAGAUUGACUGUACAUCAUAAACGAUGCUUCAUUUAUUGUUUGGUUGGACAACAUAUACAGAUAAACAAUAAUUCCUGAGAUAUUGACAGUUAUGUUAUGUGAUUGGUUGUAGUGUCUUUGAUUGUAAUACCAAGAGGAGAAUAAACGUAUUCCUGAUGUUAAUUAUAUAUAGGCUCUUGAACAGUUCUUUGCAGAAUAAAUAAUGAUGAUCUUAUCAUUUUCUACGCAGUUUUUACGGAUUCAUAUUUUUAUCAGUUUUCUCCUAUGGAAAAUAUAUCAGUCAUAAUACAAGUCCAUAAUUUUUUAAUUACACCCACGGUUACACCUCUUUUGAGAAAACUGAAAUUUUAUUCUUAGUUGAGAUCGUGAGUCAAUUGAAGCUAGACCACCAUGGGAAACCUGGAAGCACUGGGAGGUCGUUUCGUUAUAUUACGGGACUCCCCAGCAGUGCGCAUUCACGACCCCGCCUCGUGGGGUUCGAAUCCACGACCUAUCCAUUUCGCGCACGAGCGCUUAACCACUAGAUCACUGAGCUUGGUCUAUUGUGAGAUAGUAACUCACUGAUGACAAUAGUGGAUGUGUCGCUGAAUUUUGUGGGUUAGUUGAAGUUAGACAUUAACACUGUUGGAUGCCGGCCGGCUCAGUGGUGUUGAGGUUAAGCGUUCGCGCAUGAGACUGGUAGUUCCUGGGUUCGAGGCGUUGUCGUGGCUGCGCACUGCUGAGGAGUCACAUACUAGGACGAAACGGUCGUCCAGUGGUCUUAGGUUUUCCAUGGUGGCCUAGCUUCAAUUGACUCACGAUCUCAACUACUGAAAUUACUACAAUCUUCACAAAGCCCUUUCGGAUUUAUUCUUAAUUAAACUAAAAGUAAUUCAGCGAACAAAAUUUUCUUUUCGACAAAAUCAUUUAUUUAAGCUGUACAUUCUUAUUUAUAGUUGUAUGCCAAAUAUAUAUCCGUAGAGGGUUAGAGAAAAUCUCAUCAUAAAGUGAAACCCACGAGCAAAAACGAUACGUCCAACCUCUCAUCCAUCCUCGACCCUAAUUCCAUUUUUUGUAGUAUGUUUUGGUCUUGUUUUUUUACAAUUAUUGUUUUGUAAUUCGAAACUAUAAUCGGUUCUCAUUAUCAUUUGAGAAUUUUUCAUGAUUAUUGUUCAGUAUAGAGAUUUUUUGAGAUUGUAGUGAUUUUAACAGUUGGAUGCAUGAGUUGAUCUAAGGCAGACCAUCUGAGAAAACCACCUGCUUCGGUCUGGGCACACGAACAGUAUCACAGCCCACACAUAAAUCAAGUGGCUUGUGUGGCUCAUAUGUAUUCGUUGCCCCUUUGUACCAUUAUUUAUGUGUUCAAACAAAUAACAAUAAAUGGGCAUACAUUUGGCAUAUAACUAUAAAUACAAAUGUACAGCUUAAAUAAAUGAUUUUGUCGAAAAGAAACUUUUCAUUGCUGAAUUCUCAUUAUUUCGAUUUAAUGACACAAUGGGUUAUUUUGAUUGAACUAGCGACUUGAAAAUAGAACUUAAUAUAACUGCAAAUGAAACUAUAAUAUGACUAAACUACAAAUUGGCACCAGAACUGUGAUUAAACUGGAAUUGAAAUUUUAAUGGUGUUCGACGCUAUGAAGAAGGUAAACACUGCAUCAGGAACAAGAAAAUAUUUAGUCCAUAGAUACCCAAAUACCAAAGAAUAAACUUGCUUAUAUACAAAAUUACAUUCGUCAUUAAUGAAUAACAGAAGUCACACUGUAAAAAGGUCACACUGAAUUUUGUUAAAUAAUAUGUUACGCAAUACAAUUUCAUAUCAAAGGUGUUUGGUAUACUGACGAUACAAUGGAUUAUUACCAUAAUCCUAUAUUAACCCUUGCCUAAUAAUUUCCUGUCUUCCAGUGUGGAUCACAAUCUUUAUUAAAGAUAUUUUGUAAUGAGUGUAUGUUUAGUUCAGGUACCUAAAGUCCAUAUUCUUUUUGCAAUAACUAUGUAGUACAUCAUUAAACAGAUGAUCUGUACACGAUUUUCUCUCAUGCUAUCAUAUUGACAGUGUAUAAAUUGUAAGAUAAGUUUUAAUUUGGAAAUAUAGAGACUAUAUAUAUGUAAAAAGUAUGGAGUUUUGUAAAGAAUGCGAUAGCCGUACACUAUGAUCCAUAUUCAGUCUUGUUAUUAAUACCAUGUAACCCAUAUACUAUUAAACUCUAGUUCUGUAUAUAUGCCUAUAUACUACUUUAUUGUUUUUCAGUAACGUAAUAAAUUUAAUCAAAUAUUUAGAGCAGUAACUUUCUGUGUUUUUAUUUCUUGAACCAUAGCUCGUCAUUAUCAACGUAUAUGUAGAUUGGAAGAACAACUGGCAAUUUUAAACUAUAUUUCUGAGGUGACUGAUGAACAUUUAAUUUCUACUAACACUUUUGAUGAACCGAUGGAAUUAGACAAUGAUCAAAAUAAUAUAUCAUUUAAUUCAACUCAAAAUGUCAAUACUUCACUUUCUUAGAUAAGGUGAUUAAAUUCUCUUCUUAUUAAUUAUGUAUACUAUGAUAUUAUACAACUUCACCUAUUGACCUUUUUAUACGGUUGUUUUCAGUUUACUAAUAGUAUCAUGCCAUAAAUACAAUGUGCAUUUGUUUUGUAUUUUUGAAGGAUUUAUUCGCAACUACCAGACCGGUUUUCUACGAGGUUGCAGAUUUAUUGACCACAUCUCUAUUCUCCAUUGAAUUUUAGAGUAAGGAAAUCACUUAUAUUUUCCCAGAGAGAUUGUGGAUGUGCAGUGUUGAGAAGCUACACACUAAUUCAAAACACCUGUCCAGUCCUUUCUGAUUUUCAGCGGUUGUCUUAUUAAGAUCAUUCGUUGACAUGAAUUAUGAGAUAUGUUGUUCUAGUAUAAUCUUACUUUAUAGAUAUAUUGAUUAUUGAAAUCCUACUACACUCAGUAUAAUUUAAUGUCCGUGUUAGUGUCACUAGUUUGUAAACAAGUGAUGUACCAACUAAUAACUCUGUAAAUUUUAAGGACUUUUAUUUUAUAAGUACAAGUAUUCAGCAAAUGAAUCGUUCGAAUAUGUCUAUUGUCAUCUGUGCACAGCUGUGUUGGUCAACGAUUAGGAUCAUAGAUUAGUGAUUCAGGUAGGUUGUAUAUCGUAUAAAGUGACCAAUUCGCGAGGCGUAACCAUUUUUUAAUCGGUGUGAGUAUUCGAAUUUCGAAUUACAGUAACAUUGUGUAUAAGCUAAUGAUAAUUGUACUCGUUUGGGUUGUGUUAAUGAAUAUUUCUUUCUUUAGUAAUUCGUUUAGUUCAAAAAUUAUUAUUAUCAUUCAUGAAUUGAUUACUGAGUGAUAACUCCUAGUCAUUUGUAUGAAUCUAUCGGUCAAAGAGUGUAUUGAGUGUAUUUCAUAGUUCACUGUUUUGGUUUGUGUUUUACACCUAUUCUUUUAAAGGGGUAUUAAGAAAAGUAUAAGACAAGUGCUUAACUGUCAAAGGUAUAAUAGAAAUAUACUUAUAUACGUGACUUUUAUCUAUCCAUCCGUUCGAUAUCUACUUUCUUACUUUGGAUGACUAAUAUCUGAUUGAUCUUAAUAAAAUAGUCUACAUGUACCAACUCAGCUCAUUUAAUAGAAUCAUAAGGUUCUUGGACUAAAGUUUUCUUGUUUGGUCAUCCUUAACUUUUUCCAGCCCAAUUCAUAGUAAGCUAUGUUUAGACAAGUAAUAUACCUCGGUCACUCACAUGGUGAGACUAUAAUUUAUGGAUAACAUUUAAGAGAUGUUAAAGUGACCUUGAGGAUGUCCAUCUAAGUAGUAGGACCAAACGAAGGUUAUAAACCAUUGUGAGGAACUAGAAUUAGGGUUUACUGUUGAUAGUUAGGGUUAAGAAUUAGAUUUUGGCUUUUCAUCAUUAACUGUCAUCAGCUAUAAAUGUCAAAAUAAUAUUUUGUUGAAAUUAUGGAUAAAUUUCGUGCCAAAAUCCAAGACUCGUUAUCUUAUAUCUGAUUGGUUUGUCAAUCAAUUAUAGUGUUACCAAGGUAUGAUUAAAUACUUAAAAUUUACGUAUAUAUAUUUAUAUAACUCUAUCUUCUGAUAUGUUACUCUUAUUGAUAUUGGUUUUAAAAUUUCUUCAUUCAGAUCAACGAUAAAUGAUGUAAACGUUUAAUGAACACAACACAAAUCAUUGUAUAUAAAUAAAAUCUUUAUGAGAGUGUACAAUCUCUUUCUCUUUUCUUCUGUCCUUGAAACUAUUUCCAGAUUGUGUAUAUGUGUAUCCAUUAUUCAGUCAUAUGAUAAAUCUGUAAUAAAAUCCAAUAGAAAAAAAGAAGUAUAUACAUAUUUUAUGAAGUAAAUGUUCA